AUGGGGGGUCCCGGAACGGCUUUGGGGGGUCCCAUCGGGCCCCUCCUGCUGCUGGCGGCUGGAGCGGGAGCGAUGCUGCGCGUCCCCCUGGAGAGGGGGCCCUGGGUCCCCCCCAAAUUUUGGGGGGCCGGGGGGGGUCCCCGCAGCCGCAGUGGGGGAGGGGCGGCGGCCGCGCCCGCGAGGCUGCACAACUACAUGGACGCCCAGUACUACGGGACCAUCUCCCUGGGGACCCCUCCCCAGAAUUUCCGCGUCAUUUUCGACACCGGCUCUGCCGACCUCUGGGUGCCGUCGUCGCGCUGCUGCCUGCUCUACCUGGCCUGCUGGCUGCACCCUCACUACCAGCCGGCGCUGUCCUGCACCCACCGCCCCAACGGCUCGGCCUUCGCCAUCAGCUACGGCAGCGGCAGCUUGAGGGGGUUCCUGAGCACCGACACCCUCACGAUCUCCAAUGUCACCGUCCAUAACCAGACCUUUGCCGAGGCGGUGGCGUUACCCGGGUUGGCGUUCGCGGCCGCGCGCUUCGAUGGCGUUCUGGGCCUGGCGUUCCCGGCGGCCGCGGCCGGGCCGGCGCUGCCGGUGUUCGAUGCCAUGAUGGAGCAGCGGCUCUUCAAGGACAACGUGUUCUCCUUCUACCUGCGCAGCGGGGCCUCGGAGGGCGAUGGGGGGGAGCUGCUCCUGGGGGGCAUCGACUCGGGGAAAUUCGAGGGAGAGCUGCACUACAUCCCUGUGAGCCGGCAGAGCUACUGGCAGGUGCACAUGGACAGACUCUCCGUGGGCUCCCCGGGGCUCUCGGGCUGCCGGGACCCUCCCCUGUGCGGGGGGGGCUGCGAGGCCAUCGUGGACACGGGGACAUCGUUGGUGACCGGGCCCAGCGGGGACGUGGCCGCGCUGCACCGAGCCCUGGGGGGGUCCCGGGCCGUGGGGGGGCAGUACCUGCUGGACUGUGACAAGGUGCCAUCCCUGCCCAAUGUCACCUUCGUGCUGGGGGGCAAAGAGUUCACGCUGAGCGCCCGCGACUACGUGCUGCAGGUGUCCCAGUGGGGGUCCCCGGUGUGUGUCAGUGGCUUCAUGGCCCUGGAUGUCCCCCCGCCCUCGGGACCCCUCUGGAUCCUCGGCGACGUUUUCCUGGCGCGCUUCUACUCCGUGUUCGACCGCGACAACAACCGGGUGGGGCUGGCACCCAGCAAGUGACACCUGGGGACACCUGGGGACACCUGGGGACACCCCUGGGGACACCCUUGGGGACAUUUGGGACCACCCAGCGUCCAGGUAUCCCCAUGGGCACUCCAGGGAUAAUUCUGUCACCGGUGUCCCCAAGUGCCACCCUCACCUGGGGGUCACCGAGGGGACACUCCGGACACUUGGGGACACCAAGUGACACCACCCGGGAUGUCCCCUGGGACCAUUUGUGGGCGGGGCCUGAGGGAGGGCGGGGCUUCCCUACGAGGAGUCUCAGGUGUGGGCGGGGCAUCGACACCUGAGUGGGCGGGGCUUAUGUGAUGAGGGCGUGGUCUCCCAUACGGUGGGCGUGGUUUCAA